UAUAUGGAAAAGACAGCAGAAGAAUGAAUGACUGUGAAAUGAACACUGCCUAGCACACUGUUCAGUUACUCCUAUGUAAACACUCAGGCUAACACCUAUGUUUGGCCUGCAUAUCUUUGACAAUGGCACAUUUUUUUAAAGGUAUAAACUCUGUACUAUUAACACCUCUGCUUACAAUGCUAUAUUUAAACUGCUGCAUCCCGGCACCCUGAUUACAGGGGACCACUGGAAUGAGUUUGAACGAGAGCACUUGAAAUGAUACAAACCAGGAGGCAGCAGCAACUGUUCAUCAAUAGCAUAUCUGCUUAUUCAAAAGUAUAGAAUCCAAGCAAUGAACCAAAAGAUCUGAAACCAAGGGAACCAGUAAUAAUAAAGCUAAAGCCCUCCUUCAGUUAUGCACAUGUCUUUAAAUACUGUACCUUUCUAGCUUAAAUUUAGAGACACUCCCAGGUAGAACAUAGAGAUCCUGUGAAUAAUAUCAGUAGAAUGAAUUCAGCUGCUUUCCCAGACAGUGACACAGUACAGUGCAGAACAUGUAAGUCCAAUACUUGAUAACACUAUACUGCUGCUGUCCAUUCACUGAAUAUCUUGUACUAUAGCAAACAGCUCUAAAAGUUAUACCGCUUUUUGACUUUUAUUAGGAUCUCAGCACAAUAAAGCAUUGUCUGAUUUGGAAAAAAUAGGUGUUAGAAAAUUUUAAAUGAAAAAUAAGCAAUUUUACACCAAAAUAAACCUUAAGGACACAAACAGAUUUCUAAAUCGGUGCCCAAAAUUGCAAUUUGCUAUUGAAAUGUUGUUUUCUAUCUAACAGAUUCUAUUGUGUGGAUGUUCACAGAGCAUAUAGUACUGGAUGAAUCAGCAGCCUGCGAUCGAUGGUCUUUAUUAAGGAAGUCUGUCAUUACCGCCCCACCACAGUUCCAUUUCCUCUGUACAGAGUACUCAUUUGGUGCAGCUGCACGUUUUCAUUGUCGCCUUUCUGACAUUAGCAUGAUAUUUGUUAAUAUAAGCGCAACACAAUUUAUGAUCACGGCAAAUGCUGUUUGUCUCUGAUGUACUGUAAAUGGUCUGUACUGCAUUAUUGUCUUAUGGACAUAAAUAGAUUCAGGCCAAACUGCAAAAUAUGAGCAAGAGACAAAAAAUAUAUAGAGGAAGAGAGAUUAAAGACAGGAUCUUGAGCUGCUUCCUCAGUUCUGGAGAAAUGGGAAUAGAAAUAAAGAACACUUUUCUAGCAGCAGGCUAUGAGAUGGGGUCAGAAGAAGUCCCGUGUCAGGGUUCAGUGUGUACUCAGGCACAAAACUGCCAAGUCAAGAAAAAUGUGUUUCCUCCUUACCUGGUCCACCCCCUAUUCCUGUUCACCUCAUGUCAGCAACGCAAAGUGGUCAUGUGACUUGUGGGAAGAGAGACCAACAGGAAGGUGCUUUAAUUCAACAAGAGACAGCCAGGGAGUGUUCUGGUCUAAACUGCUGGUCGUUUGAAGAUAUUAAGAAAGCCACCAACAACUUCAGUAUUGAUCAGAUAAUCGGUUCAGGAGUGUUUGGAGAUGUUUACAGAGGGGUUGAAGCUAAUAACCAAUAUGCCUUCAGGAAACUGCACGAGGCAAGUAUACUGUGCUAAAGCAAUAUUGUGGAUAGAAGUUUCCAAAAAUAAUGAGCAAUUUGUUACUUAAAUGAGCAAUUGUGUUUUUUUUCUUAAUAUAAAGUUACUGCACUGUAAGCUCCCUUGCGGCAAUAGGUUUCAAGUCAAGCAUACGCAAGGACACUUUUUUUUUUCUUUAAACAUUUUCAAGCAACAUAUCAUAUUCUUUACUUUUCACAUUGAACAGACAUGCCCUGUCAGUGUACAUAUUGUACUUGAUUUCUCCUCCAGCAGCUGAUGAGUUAAUAACACUGGCAUCAGCGUAAGACAUGUGCCUACCUUCCCACUACAGAGCUGGCGCUACAGUUGAACGGACGUUCAUCUUUGAACUGUGAGGUCACCAUUUCGCAUCCAGCCCGUCUCUCCAUUCAAUUCAAUGGCUAAGACGCCAAUUCAUUACAUUAUCAAUACAAAGAUUUAUUUUAGCAGCAUGCCAUCUUCUGUGGAUUUAGUCACUCCUGAUUGACCAAAAAAGGAAAACGUUUCUGAAAACGUGUUUUUCACAGUCGAAAGGUGGGUCGACUCUGGACUCUGGAAACACAGAAACAUCCACCAUAUUUGCUGGGUUUUAGUAAAAAAACAAAAGAAACAUAUAAUUGGCAAUUCUAAAAAGAUUUAGUGCUACGUUCUUCAAAUGUUCCAUUACUGUACUAAUGUAUGUCAUUUGUCAUUUCUGUUUUUGAUAGAGUGGUGGGGUGUACAGAAGAACUUUGGAGAAAUGUUUCUGUACAGAGAUAUGUAUCCUCUCUAAAUAUCACCACAGUAACAUUUUGGAGUUGGUGGCUUGUUGCAUUGACAAUGGCUCAUAUUGCUUGAUUUACCAGUUCAUGGAAAACGGAUCUCUGCAAGACAGGCUGCAGUUAAUUAAUGGCAGCCCCCCUAUUUCUUGGGAGUCCCGCAUUAGCAUAGCUGUGGGGAUUGCCCAUGCCCUUGUCUUUUUACACUCAAAGGAGAUCAUCCAUGGCAACAUAAAAAGUACCAAUGUUCUGUUGGACAGCUGCUUCACACCAAAGCUGUGUGACUUUGGAGCCAGGAUUCUACCAUCCGAUACCAGGAGCGGAUACACCAACACUCAGACAGGCCUCCUAGAAACGUGUCUCGCAUACUUUCCUGACGACUUCAUUAGAAACAGGCAAAUAUCGGACAAAGUCGAUGUUUUUUCCUGUGGCGUUGUGCUUGCAGAAAUUCUGACUGGUCUGAAAGCAAGAGAUAAAUUAGGAAAACCUUCUCUUUUGCACGAGUUGAUCAGAGAAGAAACAGAACAAGUGAAUGUGGAAAACCCUAGACUGGCUGCUGAAGAAAUUUGUCGGAAAUACCUGGACAGAAAGGCUGGGGAGUGGCCUUUUAUCUCUGCAGUGCAGUUUGCCAGGGUUGUAUGCCUUUGUUUCCAAAAAAGAAGACCAGCCGCAUCAGAAGUACAUACACUGUUAGAGAAGCUUGACAUUGCAAUGAAAUAUCAAGCACCACUCCAUAACGAAGAAGUCGAUGCCCUUCAUUUUGAAAAUGGACCAAGUUUAAUGAUGUUCAACUCCCAGGCGUCAACAGCUCUAGCAAAUGGGAUGCAAAGCCUUGCAAUAUUAGAGUUACCUUGUGAAUCAGAUGAUCCGGACAGCUUCGCCCCUGUGCCAGCAAUGCAAGUCAGCACUGCUUGCUGCUCACCAGACACUGGCCAUGUUGUGAACAACCCCUCGGGUUAUGUGAAGGAUUCAGAGGGUUGUGUUAAAGGAACACAAGACCUAGUGAAGACCUGCAGCUAUUUAAUUGAAGAAUUGGUGGCUUCUUCCAUGAGCAGAGAUUCAGCAUCUCAAGGUUGUUCCAGGACUCCAGCACCAGAUCACCUUGACCCAGCAUGUACAUCACGCCAAGCAGCUCAAAAGCAAACUCUGUCUCCUGGUUUCAGACACUAUGAGGCCUUUGGAUACCAAUGUAAAGUAAACAUGAAGGGCUCAAUGAUUGGAAAUGAAGAAUCUUCACAAACAGAGACGCCUCAUACUGACUCUAGCCAAGACAUGAGCAGUGCCACGAAGCAGGAGCGCUCAUUGGUUGCAUCACUAGAUACGCCAGUGGCAGCAGAGGGCACACAUCAAGAAUGACUAAUCAGGGUGAUGAUCACUGAUGCGAAGAUGCAAGAAAGACUACUUUUGAACAUGAGAAACAUGCAGAGAACCUGUCAAGUGGAAGUGUGCAUUUACACUCAUCAGAAAAGCUGCUGGAGUUGUUUUUACAGAAUCAAACC